AUGUCCCCCAGCAUAACCUCACCACGUCCCUCCACCCCCGAAACUCAACAUCAACGGCUCAAACCAUCACCACCACCACCUACCAACAUCCUCCUCAACCACCACACCCUCCUAACCACCAACCCCGAAGCCUUCAAAUUCCAAGCCGCUGCAUCCCUCCAACUUCGUCUCAACCCAACAAUCCCCAAUGAUUCAUCCCUAAUACCACCACCUUCAGACACCAACCUCAUCAUCUCCCCUUACAACACCCCACACCACCUCCUCGACCUUCAGACCCUCAACCCGGCCUCCCAACUCCUCGCCAAAGCGCUGACCCUAUUCCACCCCAUUCGUCCCAACUACGCCACAGCGCCCUACACCGAGUCCUUCAACUGGGACAGUGUCUUUGGGUUUCUAAGGAAACAAGCGAAAAGCGAGGGAUAUACUUGGGGCAAGAGACACGAGAAUGUAUUCUAUGUGGUUGUAUUCCGGUCGACGUUGACGGCCGAUGCAGAUGGGGAGAAGUUGCAUGUGUUGGAUGAGAUGUCUUUACGGGAGGCGGUGGCGGGGGGUGGGUUGUUAAAGUAUUGGUUUGGGAAUGUGGAUGGGGAGAGGAGGGGGUUAGCUACUUGUGUAUGGCGCAGUCGGGAAGAUGCAAGAAAAGGAGGGUCGGGACCAUGGCAUCGACGAGCACGUGGGGCGGCGAGGGAAAUGUAUGAACGAAUUGAGUUCACGACGUUGAAGUUGGUGGUGGGGGAGGAUGAAGAAGGGAAUUGGGGAUGGGAGUUUGGGGAGUGGGUGGAUGAAUAG